CAUUGAAGCCCAACGUUUCUAGUCAUUUCUGAGGAGAAUUGGAACUGAUGCUUCAAAUUUCCUUGGGUAUCUUGUGUCGGUACUGUAAUCAUUCAAAAUUACCUUUCCAGCGGCUCCUCUGGGAUCUCAUAUAAGCAGAGAUGAAAGCAGGACCCACGUAUGGCUUGAGAGGGUGGCAUCUUUUUGUAGUCCUUCUUUCUCUUGUUCUAAUGACCACAUUACUGUGGACAUGGGAGAAAAAUCCACUAGCUAUAACUUUACAUUCAGCUCAAGAGUGGUAUCACAAACCUUUAUCAGGAGUGAUAGUAGAAGCCCCAAAUAAUUCAGUGGGAGGUCCAAAGCUGGCAAAAAGCGAGGAGAUAUCUUUAAAUACUAGCAAUGAAAAUGAAACCAAAGUGCAACUUGAUUAUGCGGAUGCAGUUCCUGUGCACUCUGUCCCUUCAUAUUCUCCCGAAAUACAACACGGUCAGGGUGUCAGGUCUUCUUCAGGAAGAAAAGUCUGUAAUUAUGCAAAGGGUAGAUGGGUUGAAGACAAGAGAAGACCAUUAUAUUCUGGAUUUGGCUGCAAAAAAUGGUUAUCCCCAAUGUGGUCAUGUAGAAUGACACCGCGACCAGAUUUCUCUUAUGAGGGAUACCGUUGGCAGCCAGAAAAUUGUGACAUGCCAGAGUUUGACCGGUCUGCAUUUUUGAGAAAAAUGCAGGACAAAACAAUAGCAUUUGUAGGAGAUUCAUUGGGCCGGCAACAAUUUCAAUCUCUGAUGUGUAUGGCCACCGGUGGUAAAGAGAGUCCUGAAGUUGAAGACGUGGGACGGAAAUUCGGUCUUGUAAAACGCCGCGGUGCUAUUCGUCCUGAUGGCUGGGCUUACAGAUUCCCAAAGACCAACACUACAAUCUUGUACUAUUGGUCAGCUAGCUUAUGUUAUCUAGAGCGCCUUAACAACAAGGAUCCACUCACCAAUGUUGCCAUGCACUUGGACCGCCCAACUGCAUUUCUGAAAAAGUUCAUCAGUCGUUUCAAUGUCUUAAUUCUUAACACAGGGCACCACUGGAACCGAGGGAAACUUAAUGCAAACCGGUGGAUUAUGUAUGUAGAUGGGAAGCCUAAUGAAGACAGAAGGCUUGCAGAGAUCGGUAGGGCCAAGAACUUUACAAUCUAUAGUGUAGCUAGGUGGGUGGAUUCACAACUUGUCUCCCAUCCCGAACUUAAAGCAUUCUUUAGGACUUUAUCACCGAGGCAUUUCGUCAAUGGGGAUUGGAACUCUGGAGGUAGCUGUGAUAAUACCAUUCCCUUGUCUGGAGGAAGCGAGGUUGUACAAGAUGGACCAAGUGAUCUAACUGUUCAUGGUGCGUUAAGGGGUACGAAGAUCAAAAUGCUGGAUAUAACUGCUCUUUCUCGAUUGAGGGAUGAGGCUCACAUGUCUCGCUACACCAUUCGAGGAACUAAAAAUGAUAGCGAUUGUUUGCAUUGGUGCCUACCUGGAGUUCCAGAUACUUGGAAUGAACUCCUUGUUUCUCAGAUAUAGCCUUCCAAAGUGGGAACACUUCCUUCUUUCUUAUG